AUGCUGUCACUGUGCCCACCAACAUCACAAUCACCAUCAUCGCCAUUACCAUCAUCCAUCACGCUGUCACUGUGCCCACCAACAUCACAAUCACCAUCAUCGCCAUUACCAUCAUCCAUCACGCUGUCACUCCAUCACCCAUCAUGCUGUCACUGUGCCCACCAACAUCACAAUCACCAUCAUCGCCAUUACCAUCACCCAUCACACUGUCACUGUGCCCACCAACAUCAUCAUCAUCAUCAUCAUCACCAUCACCCAUCACGCUGUCACUGUGCCCACCAACAUCAUCAUCAUCAUCAUCGCCAUUACCAUCACCCAUCACACUGUCACUGUGCCCACCAACAUCAUCAUCAUCAUCAUCGCCAUUACCAUCACCCAUCACGCUGUCACUGCGCCCACCAACAUCGCCUCAUCAUCAUCGCCAUCACCAUCACCCAUCAUGCUGUCACUGUGCCCACCAACAUCGCCAUCAUCAUCAUCGCCAUCACCAUCACCCAUCACGCUGUUACUGUGCCCACCAACAUCGCCAUCACCAUCAUCGCCAUCACCAUCACCCAUCAUGCUGUCACUGUGCCCACCAACAUCACAAUCACCAUCAUCGCCAUUACCAUCACCCAUCACACUGUCACUGUGCCCACCAACAUCAUCAUCAUCAUCAUCGUCAUCACCAUCACCCAUCACGCUGUCACUGUGCCCACCAACAUCACCAUCACCAUCAUCGCCAUCACCAUCACCCAUCAUGCUGUCACUGUGCCCACCAACAUCGCCAUCAUCAUCAUCGCCAUCACCAUCCCCCAUCACGCUGUCACUGUGCCCACCAACAUCACCAUCACCAUCAUCGCCAUCACCAUCACCCAUCAUGCUGUCACUGUGCCCACCAACAUCACAAUCACCAUCAUCGCCAUUACCAUCACCCAUCACGCUGUCACUGUGCCCACCAACAUCACAAUCACCAUCAUCGCCAUUACCAUCAUCCAUCACGCUGUCACUGUGCCCACCAACAUCACAAUCACCAUCAUCGCCAUUACCAUCAUCCAUCACGCUGUCACUGUGCCCACCAACAUCGCCAUCGUCAUCAUCGCCAUCACCAUCACCCAUCACGCUGUUACUGUGCCCACCAACAUCGCCAUCAUCAUCAUCGCCAUCACCAUCACCCAUCACGCUGUUACUGUGCCCACCAACAUCGCCAUCAUCAUCAUCAUCGCCAUCACCAUCACCCAUCAUGCUGUCACUGUGCCCACCAACAUCGCCAUCUCAGCUGCAAGGCAGUUUGGGCAGCUGGUGUGUACCAAUUUACACCAACAGCAUAAGGCGACUGCAGAAGGCUGCGUUCCCAGUCCCAUGACUUUAUAG